AUGAGCAAAUGCGACUUCAAUAUCUCUCGGCGCGGCUUUCGAGAACAGCAACCGGACCGUGCUCAAGCAACAGUCGCAGAGGCAUUCAGGGCGUACUAUAUGGGUCCGUCGGGUCGUCUGGACGUGCGGUAUCUCUUCGGCCUGGAUUUGCUCACCGACGCGGAUCUGCUCGUCGUUGCGAUCCUGCGCGCUGACCCGAUCCUCCUCGCCGUCCCGAUCCCGCUGGCCGUCCUGAGCAUGGUCGCCGUCCCGUCUGUGCUCGCCGACGCGAGCCUGCCCGUCGACCCGUCCGUGCUCGUCGUCGUGACCAUGCUCGCCGUCCCGGCUCCCCUGCUCCUCAACACUAUCCUGCUCGCCUCCCUUUCCAGCAUCGGGGAAUUCGUGAACGCUGGCACUCCCUUCGUCUUCCGUAUCCCUGGGCGUACUGAUUUCCUCCGCCGUCCCUCGCGUUCCCUCCGCGUUCCCUCGCGUUCCCUCCACCGACCCUCGCGUCUGGACGUGCGGCGCCUCUUCGACCUGGCUCUGCUCGCCGGCGCAACUAUGCCCGCCAUCCCGAUCCCGCUGGCCGUCCUGAGCAUGCUCGCCGUCCCGUCCGAGCUCGCCGACGCGAUCCUGCCCGUCGACCCGACCAUGCUCGCCGCCCCGCCCCCCCUGCUCCUCAACACGAUCCUGCUCGCCUCUCUUUCCGGCAUUUGGGAACUUGCGAACACUGGCGCUCCCUUCGUCUUCCGCACCCCCAAGCGCACCGCUGCCCUCCACCGACCCUCGCGUUCCCUCCACCGUCCCAGGCGGCUGGACGUGCAGUGCUUCUUCGGCCUGGCUCUGCUCGUCGAUGCGAUCCUGCGCGCUGUCCCGAUCUGGCUCGCCGUCCCGAUCCCGCUGGCCAUCCCGUCCAUGCUCGUCGUCCCGGCCGUGCUCGUCGUCCCGGCCAUGCUCGCCGUCCCGGUUCCCCUCCUCGUCAACACGAUCCUGCUCGCCUCCCUUUCCAGCAUCAGGGAUUUCGCGAACACUGCUGCUCCCUGCGUCUUCCCCAUCCCUAAUCGCACUGAGUUCCUCCGCCGUCCCUCGCGUUACCUCCGCGUUCCCUCGCGUUUCCUCCGCGUUCCCUCGCGUUCCCUCCACCGACCCUCGCGUCUGGACGUGCGGUACUUCGUCGGCCUGGCUCUGCUCGCCCACGCGACUAUGCCCGCCAUCCCGAUCCCGCUGGCUGUCCUGAGAAUGCUCGUCGUCCCGGCCAUGCUCGCCGUCCCGGCUCCCCUGCUCGUUAACACGAUCCUGAUCGCUUCCCUUUCCGGCAUCAGGGAACUCGCGAACACUGGCACUCCCUGCGUCUUCCGCAUCUCUAGGCGCGCUGAUCCCCUCCACCGACCCUCGCGUUCCCUCCACCAUCUCACGCGUCUGGACGUGCGGUGA